UUUACACUUUUUAAAUUUUCUGUUGUUUCUUUAAAUACAAAUAUAAUGAUCUACUUUAUAUUUUUGUUAAUUAAUUCAAUCAGAAGUUGUACUUAAGGCACGCAAAAAGAGGUUAACGCGCAAAGUUUAUACUACCAUAGGAGCGCAAUAUCAGCAUUUGCGUAAUGUUUACCAGGACGACCAUGAACUUCCCCUGAAUUUAAUGAGCUUCGCGAACGAGGUACAGCAAUACAAAUCAUAUAUAUGAUUCACAUUUAAAUCAUUUAUAGACUUUAACAGUGUAUGUAAAUGAUGUAUUUCGCUCUCCGUUACACUGCCAUACAGAACUUAACAUCUAUUUCUGUAAGUAAUAUAAACACAGCCGUAAAUUGUACAGCUCAUGAAAUGUUGCAUUAAAAGUGGUAUAGGAUUACGAGAAUUAAGCUUUUGGCAAUGUGUCUUAACUUAAGUGUCGUGAUAAGAGUUUAAUUUCACGAAUACUUGGAAAGCCGUGACGGGAAGGCUUGACAUCACCGCGGGCGGGCGGGCGGACGGACGGGCAGGCGGGCGGGGCGUGUUUCUCACCCGGUGCGGUUGCCAGGCGCUGAGUCGCUGUGUGGGAAGUACUGAAAUUCAAGAGCGUCACAGGGCUGGCUCUGCCGCCGCCACACUCAGGUUAGGAGCUACUUCUUGUCAAAACUGCUCAGACGUCGUUGGCCACAAAGUAAAGCUACACGGGCUAUUUGCUUAAGUUAGCUAAAGGAACUUUAGAGUGCAUUUCAGAGGUUUACCGUUUACAAAGUUUAUUUUUUUUUAGAAAACUGAGGCGGCUCCUAAGGUCCUACCUCCUUAUAAAAGUGGCUGGGAUAAAUUCUAAGAGUAAUAAAUGAUUAUGGAGAGGAAGAGGAUGGAUUGCCCGGCUCUGCCCCCGGGUUGGAAGAAAGAAGAAGUGAUCCGGAAGUCGGGGCUCAGUGCGGGCAAGAGCGAUGUUUACUACUACAGCCCCACAGGAAAGAAAUUCAGGAGUAAGCCACAACUGUCACGAUACCUAGGAAACACCGUGGACCUGGGAUGCUUCGACUUUCGCACGGGCAAAAUGAUGCCGAGCAAGCUUCAAAAAAACAAACAGCGGCUACGCAACGAGAACUUCAGUCUUUUCAAGGGAAAACCUGACUUGAACACUUCCCUUCCAAUCAGACAAACAGCGUCUAUUUUUAAACAGCCGGUCACCAAAGUAGUCAACCAUCCCAGCAACAAAGUGAAGAGCGACCUGCAGAGAUCCUCAGAACAGCCCAGACAGCUUUUUUGGGAGAAGCGAUUAAAGGGUUUGAGGUCAUCAGAUGUAACGGAGGAGGUUCUGAGAAGCAUGGAGCUUCCUAAAGGUUUACAAAGUGUUGGACCAGCUACCACAGAUGAAACUUUACUGUCAGCCAUCGCCAGUGCUCUUCAUAUGAGCUCAAACCCCAUAACGGGUCAGACGUCAGCUGCCGCAGAGAAGAACCCAGCCGUCUGGCUAAACACGUCACAGCCACUCUGCAAAGCUUUCGUUGUUACAGAUGAAGACAUUCGGGAACAGGAACUGAAGGUCCAUCAGGCACGGAAGAGCUUAGAAGAAGCACUGAUGGCAGACGGUUUGGCGCGGGCUGCUGAAUCGACCAGGGACACUGAUAUAUAGAGGACAGACAACAAAUAAAUAUUGGAUGAGGUAAAGAGGGUCUAGUCUAGGGAACAUCCCUACUGUACUCCAAAGUCAGAUCCUAGUACUAUUAGUGCUCACAAUGCUGGAAUGUCAUCAGUGAACAUAUUCUAAAUAUGAUUCUGCUUUAUAUAUGAAUCCCAGUUCCAAAGUAAAGGGGAGUUUGUCAAUAAAGAGACAGCCUAUAAUAUUAAAAGAAAUUUAAUUCUCAGAAUGUUGCAUUCAUCUCCCCGACCUUGUAUACCAUAUAAGUGAUCCAUUUUACUUGAUGGCUGGCAUACCCUUUGAAUAAUGCAGGUGUUGCUGAAAGAUUACAUGUUGCAGACAUGGAGAAAAUACAGCAGGUUCAAUAAGUUAACGCUGAAAAUGCACUUUGCAGAGACCCUUGGAUGAUCUGCCUUUGCCAUGAAGUGUGUUGUCAAUUGCAGGAAUUUUAUUUAAUCUGAUAUAUUAAAUGGUUCAGUUGCCUCAAAAUAUAACGUGCUAUAUAAAAUUUUAAUAGCUUUUAAUAAUCUUGUUCCUUACUAUUGUAUACUCCCUAGUAUACUGCAUACUGUAUAUUAGGGAUACAAAUUCUGGGAAUUUUUAGGAUAUAUUGGGGAAUUAAUAUUUUCCUGUGUGUACAGUUGUCAAACAUACAACAUGAGGCUAGACCGACCAUCUGGCUGGCUGGUUGGAAAUCUUUAUCGUGGGGGACCUCAAAGCCCAAGGCCAAUUUUUCAUUCAGCCCUACUCACAUUGAUUAGGAACAACUUACCAAUACAGACUUUAGGAGAUUGCACAAUUACAUUGCCUUUGAGUACUACUAUUUUGUAACACAAUGAUGAAUUGCAUAGUAAAAUUUCUAUCUAUUGAAAUAGCUUUAAUAACAUAUUUACCUGUCAUUUUUAGUGAUCAGUGGUCAUCGUUGACACACCACAGUGCACAACAACGAAAUGUGUUCUCUGUAUUUAACCCAUAUGUGACAAUGUGACAUAGCAGGGGGCAGCUAAUUCAGCACCCAGGGAGCAGUGCUUGGGGGGGUGGUAUCUUGCUCAGCAGUGCCUUUCUGGUCGGAGAUCCGAACCAGUAAUCUUUCAAUCAUAAGUGCACUUCCCUAAACAUUAAGCCACCACUGCCCACACUGUCACCAAAAAAAUGGAAUCUAUGAAAACCCAAGAUUGGCAUUGUUCUAAAGAAUUUUUGUAUAUCAGCAUGUGUAGUAUUAUUAGCCUUGGUGUAUUCCAUUGUUUCAGUUACUAAAUGUGCCUUUAUUUUCAUUCUGUUUACAGAAAUAUAGCCUUUGACAUUGGACUUUGUUUCAAAAAUCACUGAAGGGAACAUUGAGGGAUCGUCAGUCUCCUUAAAGCUCAAUGGACCCAUGUAGUUUGACAUCUUGUGAUUAUCACUGAAACCACACACACACACACACCCACGCACACAUGUAUAUAUGCAUAUAUAAAGUCUCAGAACGAUGCUUGUUUUGAAUUAAGAUUUUUCAUAGAGCCAUAUAUUGAGCAGCACUAUUUGAAUUUCAGGUCAAGUUGCAAUCUGCUGGAUUUGUAUUGCUAAUUGUUUUUAUUGUUGAUUUCAACAGUUGUAAGGGAAUUGUGUAUUUCAGGGUUUAUAACAAUUUAUAUGUAUAGAAAACUGCUUAUGUAAUUAAAAUUAUGCUUACCAGAAAAUUAUAGCAAAUUCCUGAUUCAGUUUGGAGUAAAUAAAGGAUAAUGCAUAGAAUGCAUUAUUAUUAUUAUUGUUAUUUAAAGUGAGGAAAAUGUUAUGUUCUAUACUGCUGAACCAAAGGAAUUGUUUUGUCUUAAUCCAUCAUUUGCCUCUAUUCAGUCUUUCAAUUUUACAUAUUUUUCAAUUACUCAGUAUCUAAUUUUAUAUGAACAAGUCACUCUGCUCUACCCUGAUUAUACUAUUAUUGUCAUUAAGCUUCUUUAUCCAAUGAUAAACUCAAAUAAUUUCCAUUUUAACUACUAACUUCACAAAAUACAUGCUGCAGUUGUAUAUCUCCAAUAAAUAAAUUAUUUUUGGUCAUUUUUGUACAUAA